CCCAUCGUCUGCAAGAAUGCGCGGUCACGGCGGAGGAAAACAAUGUGCUCGAAGACGGCGUGAAUAUUUUACUCAUUGGAUGAAAUACACGCACCAGUCGCGGUUUUGAGAGGAGGAACAUUUCCAUGCAAGGUUGGUGGGGAGGUCAAAAACAAAUGGGCUUACCUUCACCCCUUUCAGCCAAAAGCAAGAGAUCAUCACUUGGGGAGACACAGCCAGUGUUGAUUGCCUGUUUAUGUUGGUAGGAAAGUAUUUAAUAAAAAAAAAAACACAGUGACUAUUGGGAUUGUUUCCUCAAAUGUCUUGACCAUGCGUUCACAACAAAGUUUCAUGUCAUUUAUGAACAACAAGGACAAAGGUUUACCCAGGAAAGACAAUGAUCGCCUGUGUUGCACAAAAUGCAGAUUUUCAACAAAGGACAUUGACGUGUUUGGGAGGCACGUGGCUCUUCAUGAAGAAGUGACUUUCUCAUGUGCACUCUGCAGCCACGUCUCCUAUUCUAAAACAGAGUCUCAGAAACAUGUGGUCACACAUACUGGCUCGUACCCUUACAGGUGUAGCUUCUGCUCCUAUGGAGCAGUUCGGAGAGACUACAUGCUGAAGCACAUUCACCAUGUACACAAGAGUCGUGCCGAAGGAGGCUUCUUAACAGAUUUUUCCUUAUCCGACCCGACCUGUGAAAGUCCCUCUGUCCCUGACACUCAAAGGAGAUCCGUUUGGCCUGAGAGAAACAUGCAAUGUGUGAUUCCCAACACAGCUUGUCAAUCGAAAGCAAAUGCACAUAUCGAGUACCCUAGUGGAAGUCAACCUAGAGGCAAAACAGCAUCUGUCAUUGGCAAAACUGUGAGCCAAACCAGCAGUAAACGGGCCCGUAUGACCUGUAGUACGUCAAUGCAGUGCGUCACCAACACAACACCUUUCAUACCUGUUGCUAAGUCACAGUUCACAGGUUCUGUUCCUAGUAUAAGUCACUUGGUCAACAACUCUUUGCAAGUGGUUCUAAGAUCACGAGAGGAAAAUGGCAAUCUAUCAAAUGCGGUGCUCAGUGGAAAUGGCCAAAGUACAAAAACAGUUGCAGAAAAGCCCAUUCAGAAAGCUGCAUUCCCAAGAAUUCACAUUGGCGGUACAGAAGUAGUUCUGCAAAGCCAAAGGGUUGUUGUUCCAGAAAAGGUAAUCCAAUCAAAGUUUGUUCCCAGAGUCAAGGUGAGAUUGCCUGCUGAAGUGAACACCCCUCUCAGACCGCUUCUCAAUACGCCAAUGGGAGCAUUAUCCCAGAGGAACGUUCCAGUCCACAAUGUUCAAACUGAUCAGAGGGCCACAAUGGGGACAAACGUUCUGACGGUACAGAAAGUGAGUUUGGCUGCAGGACUUCCUAACGGUCCAAUCAAAUCUUCUGAAAGAGGUCCAUUGCCCUCCAUACAGAAGGCACAAACUGCGGAAAACAGCAAUCAGCCAAAAUUAGGAUCAUCAGCUGAGAAGUCAAGUCAUCUAUCCAACGUACAAGUGGAAUUGUUAGCACCUUUAAACCAGCCGAUUCAACACAACAAGCCCUUGACUGUAUCCUGCCCAGAGGAGAUCAAUAUUCCUGCGGGCUGUUUGGUUGAAUUAGUUGAAGUGAAAAAUGUCAACGGGACUCGAGAGCUGGAGCUACGGAUGAUCCCACCCAACGGACUUCCACAAGACCCAAGGAGCAGUGUGAAUGGGCCUUCGCCAGUCAUUAAUGCAGGCAAGCUUUCAUUCAAAUGUCAAGUUGCUGCUUCCGCAGGGUGUACAGUCAGUCCUUCAAAGUCUUUAACAUCUCACAAGGCAAAACAGCAGCCACCUUUAGCAAGCACUGCUAUUCAGAGCACCACAAAAACAGUUCAUCCUCUAUACAAACCUCAGUGUUCUUCAGGAACAGCAGCCCAAAGCCUGAACAAGCAGAACCUGAAACCCAACGGCACUGUGUUAAAACCCUCACUUCAACCUGCACUUCAUGACAUUGUCAUGCUUGAGGGUACAGAAUUGAGUUCUGAAGGCCUUCCUGUGAUCUCAUCAGUUUAUUCUCUCUGUCCUACACCUGCAUCAACUCACAGUAUAUCUCAAUCCAUGCCAGAACAUCUCAGCAGGACCUUGCAAACAAACAGACCUGUAAUCAAGCUACAGGGAGAGUUCAAAGUGCUUUCAGAUCCUGAAUGUGUACUGAUAGGAGCAAAAGAUUCCAAGGAUUAUGUAAAGACCUCAGAACAAUCAGUUGUCUGUAGUUUUAUGAUUAAAAAGGAGGACAAAAUAGAGGAGAAAUACAAAGUUGAUGUGUUGGGGCUCAAAGAAACAAAGGCAGAACAAAUGUGUAUUGAAGAAGCUAUGAUAUUUCAGACUCGUAGUGAAGAGAAACUAGUACUUGGAAAAGCAGGGGCCAAGUUUGAGAAAUGUUCCAAUCUAAACACCAGUGAUUUGAAAGAAACGGCAAAUGAUUUGCAAAGGAGUCCUUUGACAGUUGCUCGAACAUCAGUUAUGCCAAAGCAGAGCAAUGACAACAUUUCAGAUCAAGACAAGGUACGUUUUGAAUUUAGGAGUGACUUUGAUGGCCAACAAUGUAGUUCCCACUCUUCCCGCAUGUAUCCAAAAGUAGCUUUGGUGAGAAUUCCCAGUUCACAGUUAGAAACCUCCAAGAAACCAGAGGUGCAGACACAGGAUCAGAGUUUGACGGCACGACCUGUUCUCUGCUGCAUCUUAAGCGAGAAGAACAUGUCCAGCGGUCCUGAAGGAGCCAUCAAGCUGAUAAUAAAGCGGGAUCUUCCUGGAAGUGAAAAGAAGAACCAAGACCACGAUGGACCUCCACGUAAGAAACAUAAAAAGGGAAAAUGGAAAACAAUUAAAUGCAUGUCAUCGUCGGUUGUGAUGGGUUGCCAUAAUUGUUUGACUAAAGGUCAGGAACUGAGGUUAACUCCUCUGAAAGAAGAUCAGCACGUCAAGCUUCCUGGCCCAAACCAACCUGUUGUGGUUCUGAAUCAUCCAAAUCCUUCCGUUCAGAUGGCCAGUGUUGGUGUCCAAACACUGAAGAACUUUAAGUGGAUAAGCUCAGCUCCUCAAAUGCAGGAACAAACAGGAGAACCAGCAAGCAAACAGCCAUCUUUCAAGAUGAAACUAAAGAAAGUUAAGGGACAGAAGUAUGAAGUCAUUGAGUUCGUUCUGAGAGGGGUCACAGAAAAACUGCUCAUGUGAACAUCACUUCGCCACUUUCCUUUCUAGCAUUGAUUGAUGUUUCAUACUUGUAGCAGCUUUUAAAACAGUGUCAUUUUAAAACCUACUUUUGUACAUUUGAAGGUAUUUAAAUGCCAGUAAAGUAUUCAAUUUUUGUGUUUUUGUUUUAAAUUCUUUCCAAGAAAGAAUGUCGUUAUCACUGGAAAACUCUAAAAACUGUUAUUGCCAUCCCUUUACGUCUGGUUGUCUGAAUGUAACCCACCUUUCUUAAGACCAGUUAACACUGCCCCAACGAACACCAACAAUCUAAAGUAGGCUGUUGGAUUUUGAGAAGCUUAUCUGUCAUUGCCACACUACUACAACAAACUCCAACAGGAUUAACUCACUGAUCAAACAGUCGUGUCUGUUGAAGUUUCUUGGGACAGUGUGAAUUCAGAAAUUGAGAUAUGAGUUCAAGCUCGAGAUGAGAGCUCAGACUGAAUCAGAUCAUUUAAAAGUUUAAUGCAAAAUUAGACUCAUUUUAGAUCCCUUUUUAGGUGAACGUUGUUAGAUCAGCGUUGAAUCAAGAUUUCAUCACAUAGUAUACAAUUAGACAAAGUACAUUUUAGCUAUGAUGUUUGUCAACUAGUUGGGUAUACAGAUAACUUUAUUGACCGUUUUAACAUUAAAUAUUUUUGUAAAAUAACUCUUGAGCCGUCUUUCUCAUUUGACCACUGCAAUGAAAAACACAUUUGGAAAUAUUUUCCUGGAAAGAACAGGAAAAAGUACCACGCACUGCCUUGAGGCAUGAUCUGGAGUGGGUGCUGGUUAGAGGAGGGGUCAGGAGUGGGAGCGGGUUAAAGGCGGGGUCUGGAGUAGGAGCGGGUUAAAGGCGGGGUCAGGACUGGCGAUGGGUUAGAGGCGGGGUCAGGACUGGUGGCGGGUUAACGGCGGGGUCAGGACUGGUGGCGGGUUAAAAGUGGGGUCAGGACUGGCGAUGGGUUAAAGGCGGGGUCUGGAGUGGGGGC